UUCCGGCGUGUGUUCCGCUCCUCUUGCUCUCGACUGUUAAUGGCGGGCGGUGGCUGCUGAGCGGGACGCAGAUAACCGCUGCCCGCCCCGCGGACGUCUCCCGGGCCCCCCGCUUUCUGCACGUCGCCAGUGUCGGAGCUGUUCAGCAUGUCUGUGGUGCCGCCCAAUCGUUCGCAGACGGGCUGGCCCCGGGGGGUCAACCAGUUCGGCAACAAGUACAUCCAGCAGACCAAGCCCCUCACCCUGGAGCGCACCAUUAACCUGUACCCACUUACCAACUAUACUUUCGGUACAAAGGAGCCCCUCUAUGAGAAGGACAGUUCCGUUGCAGCCAGAUUUCAGCGCAUGAGGGAGGAAUUUGAUAAGAUUGGGAUGAGAAGGACUGUAGAAGGGGUUCUGAUUGUACACGAACACCGCCUACCCCACGUGUUACUGCUACAGCUGGGAACAACCUUCUUCAAAUUACCUGGAGGUGAACUUAACCCAGGAGAAGAUGAAGUUGAAGGACUGAAACGCUUAAUGACAGAGAUACUGGGUCGUCAAGAUGGAGUCCUGCAAGACUGGGUCAUUGAUGACUGCAUUGGGAACUGGUGGAGACCAAAUUUUGAACCUCCUCAGUAUCCGUAUAUUCCUGCACAUAUAACAAAGCCCAAGGAACACAAGAAGUUGUUUCUGGUUCAGCUUCAAGAGAAAGCCCUGUUUGCAGUCCCUAAAAAUUACAAGCUGGUAGCUGCACCAUUGUUUGAACUGUAUGACAAUGCACCGGGAUAUGGACCCAUCAUUUCUAGUCUUCCUCAGCUGUUAAGCAGGUUCAAUUUUAUAUACAACUGAAUUCCUGUACACAGAAGUAAAAGAAGCCGUCUCUGUGAGCACAGCUUACACAUGUAGAAGAAUAACUGUAGAACAAGUUUUGGUUUUCUCUUGUUCCCUAAAUUGUCACCACCUUCCUGUUUGAAGAGUAAAAUUAAUAUGAACUAGAUAGUGGUUUAACCAUGUGACAGUGUUCAUUAACUGUUGUUCUACUCAUACUUUUUUUUGUACAUUAAAGAAAGUGAAUUUCUUAUUUGUAUUUUUUUUUUUUUAAGUUUCUCAUUAAACUCUGAAAAGUCUUAGAGCCGAGGAUCCUUUCUUCCCUGCUUUAGACUGGGGAAUGUUAAAACACGGUCAUGGUUUAGGUAAAGUGAGGUGCUGGGCCCUUGGGCCUAGACUGUCCCAGGUCUUUGUGAUGAGGACUUUCCAUUACUCUGGGGAACUGAAUUUAUCUGAGUAAGUCAAAAGUGCAGUGUGUACCAAACUGUACUCCAUUAUAAGGAAUCCCAGUAUAUUAUCUGCCGAGUAUAUUUUAUAACUCUCUAGGCCUUACUUCACAAGUCAAGACUUUAAACAUUUGGGAAACCUUAAGAUUAGGUAAACUGAAAACCAUUGGAAUUGGUGUAAAAAGAGGUCCAUCUAGAACUCAUUGCAGUAUUUUGCUUCAUAUAAUGGGAUAGUGAUUAUUUGCACUGCUGUGAAAUUGCUUCUUACUGAGUGAGCCGUAACAACAAACACAACGAGGUUUUAAACUCUGAGAUUAGAGAGUUACAGUUGUGAGAAUCUGAGGUGUUGUAUACAUACAUAAUGAUACAAAUCAUGAUUUUAGUAAGCAGCAAAGCAUUUCAGACUAUUUUAGAAUAGGCUGGGUAUGGUGGUACCCGCCAAUGAUCCCAGCACCUUGGUGCCUAAUGCCAGAGGCUCAAGAGUCCCAGUAUAGCUGAGAUACUUAGCAAGUCCCUACCUCAAAAAUAAUAGAAACAAAGGAAUAGUCUGAAUUAGCUGGAUUCUAGAGGUCAGGACAGGUUUUGUCACCCUGAGGAAAACAGCAACUUUAAGCUUCUAGUACGCUGCUUGCACAGUUAGGAUGAAAUUAUGGGAGUAAAGUUUCAGGACAAAAGUGGUCAAGAGUGGAGGCACACAUCUUUGAUCCCAGGACUCCAGAAGCGAAGGCAAGUAGAUCUCUCCAGUUCCAGCUAUGGGUACAUAGUGAGACCCUACCUCAGCAAAGCUUUAAGACUGGAGAGUUGCUCUUGCAUAGGGACUUGGACUUGGUUCUAAGCACCCCCGUGGUGGCUCACAGCCACCUGUAAUUCCAGUUCCAGAGGAUCUGACAUGGCUGACCUUGGGCACCAGGCAUACACGUGGUACAGAUACUUACAUGAAGGCAAAACACUCAUAAAAAUAAUCUGAAAAAGAAAAAAGGUAAAGGACUUGGCUGGUUGUGUCACUGUGGUCACUGUAGUUGCUUUAUUGCAGACUUGUUGGCUGUAGGCUUAAUGUAAUGAAAGAAAACUUACAAGAGGUAGCCAGUUUAACAUUUUUAAUAGUCAGAAAUAAGCUUGAUUAGUUCUCACACUUUAUGCUGUCUAACACAAGGUAUGUCUCCUGAAUAUUGGGCAAGAGCAAAUGUAAAUAUUUUCUUCCCGUUUAGCUUUGACAAUUAGGUCAAGAGUGGCUGAGGAAUUAAACUCAUUCAAAUUUAUUUAGAGUCAUCUGCGGUUUUAGGUGUUUGUGUUGAUGUUCAGGGAAGGUGGAGAGGGGCGAAUGUCCUGCUGGAGAUUCACAGAAUGCUGUCAGAAAGCGGUGCUUGAGCAGAAGCACUCACUUCUAAUCCACUCUAGCCCUUUAUAACUUAGGUUUUGGCUCAGAUUCUUCCAGCUUUUCUGAGUGUUCGAGCCAGCCAUUCCUAUUCUGAGACUUUAAGUUACCUGCUGUUGUAACCAUGGGAUGUAAGGGUAUUGGUUUUAAACAGCACAUUCCUAACACAUAAACACAAAGUUUUAAAGCUUUUUGGUCAAUUUACAGUUGGAUCCCAAUCCUCUUGUUUCCUAAUGAACAGUGAUGAAUCAGAGAGGUAUAGAUUUUAUGUGUUCUUUCAAAGUCAUUCAAAGAGAGCACGGGUGUCAAGGGUUCUUUGAUCUGUAACAUCACCCUUAAGAUGUAAGUCUUAGAGUGUCAUUCCAACCAUGUAUAUUCUAAAUAUUGGAGAGUAUUAAAAUAAGCCCUUGAACAACUGACAUAUUUUAAACUGAAUGUUUCUUACAAAUGAAAGCUCUAUUGCAUUAUUUUCUUAUUAAAGCUAGUAGUACAUACUAGUAAAAGGAGAAAAUGAAAAAGCUUAUUCAGUUGUUUAAAACCCUAGUUAAAACCGCCUACUCUUUUGGAGAAGUGAAAAAAUCCCAAUUGAUGGAAGACAAUUAGGAUGUCUUUUUUUUAAGAGUAGGCAACAGUGCCAUUGGUGAAAGUGCAUGCAGGCUUUUAAUCCCAGCAUUUGGGAGGCAGAGACAGGUAGGUCUCUGCAGCCUGGUCUACAAAGCAAGGCUCAAGACAGCCACAGCUACACAGAGAGACCCUGUCUCAAGACCUUCCCCUCUGCCAAAAAAAAUAGGCAACACUUAAAUGGCACAGGUUCUGCAUAUUAGUUUGUAUUUUAAGAAAAUGUCUGGGUGUGAUUCUUUCGUGUACCAUGUGUGUAGAGUGUCCAUGGAGGCCAGAAAGAGGGCAUCAGAUCUCCCAGGACUGCAGUCAGACAUGGUUGUGAGCUGCCAAGUGGGUGCUGGGAAUCUAAAUUCCUGUCCCCUAAAGAGUAACCAGCAGUCAGUGAUCUUAAUGGCUGAGUCAAGUCUCCAGCCCCUCGUGGUUCUUUAAGGUGGUCUAUAAAGUGUUAGUCUAGUGGCCAUUCUCUCUCACGGGCACCUUACACAGUUUCCUGCAUGACGAUCUCUCCAAGCUGUGGCUUUCAUCUGCUCUUCUCUUGGCUUUAGUCUGUCUUAUCCAUUGAACUUGCUGUUCUGGAAUCCACGUUGGCUGCAAGUUUACAACAAUGACUUUUUUUUGUGCCUUCAGCUUCCCAAACUUAAAGGCUUUUACUAAUUCUUAGUGUUUGGAACAGCAUAUGGAUUGCUGACUGCAGAGAGUUUUCAGUUUUCUAUUCCAGUGUUAAAGCAGCUUAGCUUUCGUAGCUUAAGAUGAGAUUUUCCAACACAUUCCACUUGUUUUCUAUCACUUACUUGGGUUAAACUGGACUCACUGGAGUCUGCCUCUGUUUAAAUACAAGCUGUAAUUCAUCUGGAACAAUUAAAUUCAUCUUACUAUUAACACACACACACACACACACACACAUGUCUGAGGGGGGAAAAACCAACCAAAUAUGUCAAGAUUAAGCCAGUUAAGUCCACUUUGUAUUUUAGAAAUUAAGUUGGAGGAAAUUGGAGACAUUGGUUGUUAUGUUCAUGUAUAGAAUACAAGCACCAUUUACAGUUGUGCUUUUGAGAACUUGAACCUGGUUUGUUUAUAGGAAUGUAUAAAGAAACUGGAGUUUGGGGUUAUGUUUUUUAUAUUUGUAAAGCAAAAGUUUGAUCAAAAAUGAUCAUUGUUCUUUUUAAAAAUUUUAUUUCACUGUUAUUUCAAUAAAAACAUUUAAAACUGAA